UUCUUUCCUUUUUCAUUAAUAAACACUGAAGUCCACUGCAGUAAACGUGUCCAUAGAUAACGUGUCAUUGCUUGACUCUUUAGCGGACUUGUUGUUGAUUUUAGUUGAUCGUGGUGGAAGUAACGUAAAGGAACGAGAUUCAGCGUGUUCCCUACCCUCCUCAGCACCUUCAGCUUCAAGUUACAACCCGUUCCAUUUGAUCAUGCCUUUUCAAACCGCUGAAGCCGCUCGUUGCCCGAAAUGCAGUCACCAGGUGUUCGCCGCCGAGGAAAUGCUCGCCGCCGGCGCUAAGUGGCACAAAAUCUGCUUUACCUGUGGACUUUGUAAGAAAAGGUUGGAUUCGACCAAUGCCACCGAGCAUAAUGGCGACCUCUGGUGUAGAAUCUGUUAUUCGCGUAAGUUUGGCCCUAAGGGAGUUGGAUUUGGUUGUGGAGCCGGCACCCUCAACAUGGACAAGGGUGAAAUCUUCGGCAACCAAGAAUCUGCUGCCAAUAAACCGAUGGACCCGUACUACGGCAUGAACUCAAAAUUCAUCAACUUGUUCAUCAUGAAGGGCGCCUCUAUGGGAGGAACGUCCUCCAAACCCCAGUAAAUUAGCAAAUCUAUAUACCAUUAUAAGUUUACUUCUUUUCAUAGAGGGAUAGGACCAUUAAAAAAACACGAACAUUUUUUUUUAAAUCGAAGUUAGCUCACUAACUUUCGUAUCGAGCUAGUGCUUUAAGUCAGUCACACGAAACUGUCAUUUGGGCGCCUUAGAUUCUACUGGCUGAGCAAUGCUGAUCAGUUGAUUUUAAAGCAUUGCGUAAUAAUAGAGUAUGAUGCUGGCUCACGAACGCAUACUUGUGAUGCCCAGAAUAGGGCACAGGACAAGCAAAGCCAUGUUUCUUAACAAAAAGCUAAUCAAAUGCGAAAUUAGAUAAUAUCCAUCUCCGAGGGUCGCUAUAUGAGUCACAUAGCUCAUCUACGUAGCAAUAAAUUGUACAUUUUUUUUACCAAUCACCUUGACAAUAGCUACCAUUAGGAUUGAACUCAGGAACCGUACCAUCAGUGUAAGCUUUUGCCUUACUGUGAUACGAAGAAACAUGGCUUUGAUCGUAAUACUGUUUGUCUGUCUAUUAUGCAACCACACGCAGAUUUAUAGACCAAUUGUGUUUUAUUAAUUGAAUAGUGAAUCUACAGUCAAACGACUCCGUGAACAGGAUGCAUGCACCGCCUGACCAUCAAAGCAUUCGAUGUCUAGUGCCAUUAUGGCACACUAGCUGUAUGACCCGCAGGCCCAUUUCAGUCCCAUCUAAAGGCCUCUAUCUAAUCAUAUUGCUUCCCAGCGAAGGACAUAAUUUUCAUCGAAUUGUCACCGAAACAAAAAACAUGCCUCAACUGUCACCGUAAACCUCAUUGUAUCUACAAUCGAAUAAUGUGGAUGUACGUAGUCACUUUACCAAUGAAAAUGCGUGACGACUGAAGCUAAACCUAAAUUGAACGUGCUCAAUUUUUGGGGAUCCAUGUAAAAGUUUCAUCCGCUGUUUCAUUUCUACAAAUUUGUGCUUCAAGUGCUCUGCCCCGACUGUUGAUCAUUGAUACGUCUACUAUUAAUUGCCAUGCGGAAUAGUUGUCAUUGGUUAUCGUUGUUGCAAUGAUAAUGACGAUUUUCAUUUAUAUUUGUUUGUCAUUUCCCUUGUCCUGUUAGUAUACUUGCUGCUGAAAGGUCAUGGGUGGGUAGUUUUCUCUACAGAGCUCCCGAAGGGGAAAAUCCCUAACGGAGCGCUCUAAACGAUGCACGCACUUCCUAC